GGUCGCGUCUCGCCGGUAUUCUCCUCUCUUUUUCUCACUCCGCGUGUGCGUCUAUCGCUCCUCUUUCUCUCGUUCCCUUCCCAUUCGGCCAAUCCUGUCUCCGGCAGGGCCGCGUGAUAUGCCGGCUGACAGUUUCGCGAGUGCUCGCGCGAUAGGUGCACGACGUCGCUGUGUCGCGUCGCGACGCGCCGCAAUUUUUCGCGCGAACCUCGCCGCCCGCUGCGUUGUCGUUGCGAACAGCCCUUCGGCUCUCGGCGUCUUGCGACCCGACGCUGGAGAACGAGCGAAGGGGACGGAGAUACCGAAACGGAGACUGCGACAUCGUGUUGAAAAAUCGCGAUUUACCGCCGGUUUGAUCGGCGAGACGCGCGCGCGAAGCGGCCGGUUGUUGAUCAUCGCGAUCAUCGACGGAUCGCCGCUCACGGAAUAAAGCCGCCGCCGCCGCCACGGUGAAAACAUUCGGGACAUUGUGUCAAGGCCAAGCGGCGGCAGUUCGCGCUUCGUGUCACCGCGCAGCGCAUUUCUGCGCAACAGCCGCAACGACAGCCGAGGGAGAGAGAGUGAUCCGUCGCACGCCCGCGAUCUCUGGAUCUCGCGAUCGUUGAGAAACUCGCGCGAUUGUGCAAUCGCGCGAGCUCUUCCGAUGGAUUCCUCGCGGCUGCAAAUCGCUGCGGGUCUGUCAGCAAAGCCGGUCGCUUCCGGUGGGGAAUUCACGAGGCGGCGGCCGAGCGCGUAAACAAGAGGCGACGAUCCACGGAGAACUGUCAUCGAAGUCGGGAAGUCGCGAUCGUCUGAGAUCUCGUGCGGCGGAAAAAAAACAAAAACACGUCCGCUUCGAGCCGACUUGGUGACGUUUUAUAGCGUGUAACAACACGACUGCAUUGUAUCCGUCCUCCGGGAAUAGCGUUUGUACAUUGUCGGGGUGCACGCUCGGCCGUUUGAAACGGGAAAUGACGUAUCGCGGGAUUACGACGAUGUGAAAACGUGGUCUCGCGGGAGCGACGGAUCGCAGGGCGCCGGCACGGCUCAUUGGCCGCGAGCUCGACGAACUUGCCGGCACGUUUACCGGACAGAGGUGACUCUAUUAUCGUCGCGCCAAGCAGCGAUCACGAUAAACCGGCCGGCGAUCAGGCUAAUUUUAAUUCGGCCGGCAAACAAACCGGCGCGAUAACGCGCGCGCGAGAGAAGCCCGAGUAUUCGCUGGCGCGUCGUUGACUACGACGACAACAACGACGCAUCUCCAGACGACGCUGCGUUCACCAAUAUGGCGCACGACGCCGGGACACCUGCUGCAAACGGUGACGCUCGCGCGAAAUGUUUGCCGAUGCAACCAAGUGAGAAGACUGAAUAAAAGAUACGCAGACGAGUGACACGGGUUUUCGGGGACGUAAUCGACUUUUAUACCGUCGCGUGAAAACCGUGAUAUUCGGAGAAGCGUGGAACCGUGCGUUGAAGGAGGGCGGACUUGGGAAUGGCCAGCGAAAACGGGCGAGUCGUUCGAGCGGACAAUUGAAAGAGAGAGAGAGAGAGAGAGAGAAAAAAUUCUCCGUGGCGGGAACGCGCGCAUAUACGCAUGUAUCUCGACAAGUGCAUCUCGGAGUACAACAUGUGGCAGCAACAGCAGCAAGCGUACAUGCGGGGUCUGCACGGGCAGCCGUGCCAGCAGCAAACGCACCAUCCGGGGAUUAUCGGCACCGAUGACCACGCGCAUCAUCAGCAGCAACAUCACCCUCAUCAGCACCAUCGCGCCACCACCAUCAUGCCGGUACCAAGCAAUCCACGAGCGUCGCGGAACAUGGCGGAGAAGCAACGACGCGACAAUCUAAACACAAAUAUUUCGACGAUGGCGGCCCUGCUACCGAUCGUCGCUGGAAGUUCGAGGAGGAUGGACAAGAUAUCCAUUCUGAGGUUAGCCGCCGCCUUCCUGAGGACACAGUACACACUCGGACGUGGCUCGACGAACUUCCUUCCCCGGCAAUUCAACGAAUUCGACCUGGAACGAUAUUUCGUCGACCAACUGAUUGGCAACGGGGGCUUCUUCCUGGUGGUCACCGCGACGGGGAAGAUCGUCUACGUGAGCCGACAAGUGGAACAGCAUCUCGGUCAUGCUCAGAACGAGUUGCUGGGUCAGUCCCUGUACAAUUUCGUCCAUCCCGAGGAUCACAACGAGCUUACGCGAAACAUCAGGCCCGACGACAUGCAGCUGACGUCGGCGCCGUCGCCGACGCAGAUCGUCACGCAGAUGUCGGACACGGCGAGCGAGAGCAGUUCCAGUUCCUCGGAGGACUCGACCAGCCAAAGAUCGGACAGGAUCAAGCUCUUCCGUGAGCAGAGGCGGAACUUCAAGAUCCGCAUGUCGCAGCGCACCGUUUCGAGGCGCGAGAACACGCAAUACGAGUGUCUCGAUGUUUCGGGGAUCCUCCGGCUCGCGGAGGCCUGCCGGAACGCGGAGACUAACGGGAACAGGGGGAGACAUCGAGAAAUGACGAGCACCAGCAACGACAUCGUUUUCGCCAGCAUAGCGAGCCUGCCGAAGAAACGUUCCAUCACCGAAUUAUCGAUAAUCGACGCCAAUAAAGACGAAUAUGUGACGCGGCAUCUGAUCGACGGGCGUAUCAUCUACUGCGAUCACAGGGUGUCUGUCGUCGCCGGAUACUUGUCGGAGGAGGUGUCGGGUUUGAGUGCGUUCGCCUUCAUGCACAAAGAUGACUAUAAAUGGACGAUGAUUGGCCUACAGCAAAUGUACGUCCAGGCGGUGACUUGCGGCUCGUCUUGCUACAGAUUACUCGCGAAAACCGGGGAAUUCAUUUACCUGCGGACGCACGGCUACCUGGAGUACGACAAGGACACGCAAACGUUCGAAUCGUUCGUUUGCAUCAACACGCUGAUAACAGAGGAGGAAGCAGUCGAACUCAUAAAAGAGAUGAAACAGAGGUUCUCCGCGGUCGUGGAAGCGGGAACCAGCAAAUUCAUGAUUCAGGAUACUGACAACUUGCCGCUGGACACGGCCUCCUGCAAGCCGGCGAAAUGCAGCCUCGAGGAACCAUCGCGGCUCGAGGACGCCAUCACCCGGCUGGUGAGCGACCUGCCCUCGCCGGCCGUGUCGGAGGACCGUUUUUCGCCGGCGCCAAUGCCGAACACGCAAUUCGUCAAGGCCGCCAUAAUAUCCUCCCGCUUGCCGCCCGCCUCCACGCAGGCCAACAAGAUCGGUAUCAACAAGAUCGAGCACUACGUCGCUCUGCAGGGCAAGGGCAAGCAGAGCCCGAAUAUAAAGGAGGAGUCGAACGACGACGGUAGGCACUCCUGCGGCAAGUACAUGAAUUCCAGCGACGGGGAGCAGAUGUCGGACUCGGAGAGCGCGAAGCCGCCGUCCGGCAAGUCGAUUUACGAAAGGAUCGACGGGGCCAACCACAGCAGCGUUUCGGCCGACGACGCGCAGCCGAACAUUCUUGCCAUUCACGAAACCGGCACGAAGCCCUUCUGCAACGCAACUCCCCGCAAUCACUGCUUGAACGUGGCGCAGGGCGCGGGCGUCCUGAGCACGCAGAAGAGGAUCGAGCCGUCGCAGCAGCAGACCGCGUGCAACGUCAAAGUCGAGCGCAGCGUCGAUGUGUACGACUAUCUGGAGAACAACAGGGAGCUGCAGUACUACGACGACGUCGCGAACGACAGCUCCGUCGUCUCGCCUACGACGAAUGAGUCGCACAAACGGCUGAAGAGGAUAUGCAGCGAGGAGGACCUCGUCGCGAUGCGCAACAAGAAGAGGCCCAACGACGCGUACGCGGCGCUGACGAACGGCAACGACGUCGUGCAGCAGGGUGUGCCCUACGUGAACUGCAGGACGACCUUCGUGACCGAGAACGACUAUCCGGCGCUCACGGUCGAGUUCAAUCGGUACAACGACGUAAGCUCCUCGCAGCCGUUGAUGACGGCGGAGUCGCCUAACUCGAGCCUGCACGAGGUCGGGGUCGAGUAUCAGCAGCUGGUGGGCAACCACCCCGCCGCCCCGUUAAUUAUAACGAACCCCGAGGACGAGCAGUUCGCCGAUCUGCAGGAUCUCAAGGACGACACGCUGCUGAGCCCGGAACUGGACGCGAAUCCAGAUAUCAUGAUGAAGAUAUUCGACAAUUAUCGGCCUGUGGCGGAUUUCGAAAGUUUCAACGAUAGAAAAGUGCACCAACUAACAACCGACGAUCAAACGGUCAAUGACGAGAUAAGACGAACAUAUCGGCAAUUAGCAAACAGCAUGACGCUGCGCGAAUCCCAACUCAGCGUGUUGGCGCGCGAUUUGGAAAACCCGGCCCUCCGUGCCCAGAGAGAGAAUUUGUCACAAUUGCAGGCCGAGCACAACAUGCAGAAGCAAAUGCUGAAGAACCUACAGCAGGAGCACCAUAAUAUGCAGAUGAACGUCAAGCAUAACACGGGGAUGUGAGAAUUGGGGUAAUCACAGGAUCGCUUCACGAAUCGGACUUGAAGCCACUCUCGAGGAGUACAAAGCGAGCUUAAUAGGGUAUUUCCCAGGAAUCACGCUCUAAUCGAUGAAGAAUGAGCUUUAAAGAAAAAAUUAUCCUGCUACUCCGAGGGACCGCAUGUGGGACAACGAGAGUGUCCUAUUCUCGAGGGACUGAAGCGGCAGUCAGCAUAGGUGCAAUUUUCGUGAUAUCCUCCGUCAGUUCGCGCUCCUGACGUGUCGUGUCCUGGGAGACUCCCUCGUUUUCGAAUUGUCGAUAUCGGUUUAGAAAAGGAAAAGAAAAAAGCCUGGGACGAAUAUUCGGACGACCGUCGCCCAUCGGUGGUGCAGCGAACGAACGGUAAAUGUGCAUCGAUGGCGCGCAGUCGUGUGAAACUGCGUUCAGUUUCACGGCGAGAAGAAGCAGGAAGGA